UAUAUUGUAAAUAUUAAAGAUGAAAAUUCGACCGAUAAUUUUAAUUUUAAUUUUUUCGUUUUUGUUCUGAUUGGUUGAAUUUUAAUUCUUAAUCUUCAAUAUGUACGAGCUUAAGGUCAAUUUGCACUCUCCUCUAUGCAAUAUUAUUUAUUUUCUAAUUUUUUUAGAGAACUAAAAAAUGGAAAACAAAUUAAAUUGAAACUAACGUUAAUUUGUAUUACGAACUUUAUUUUCUGAUCAUCUCCACACCUCCAAUCGCACAUUUAAUAAAGGUUGGGAGACUCUAACCUAUCCUCUUUGACGUUUGUAACGCAGAGAGCAACAGAGAGCUCGGAGUAAAAGGAUUAAAUGGCAAGUAAAAGAGCAUAUUUAAAACCUAAUUAAGAGAGAAAAAUGAAGAAAGUUAGAAUUUUAUUCAACUUUGUUAAGAAGACGGAAAUAAUUGAAAAGGAGAAACAAGAAUAAUUCUUUGGACACUGCAUAACCUCCAAAGCAGGUCAAAAACGCUGUUAAUCCACCACCGGUGGAUUAAUUCCUCUAAAAAGCAAUUUGUGUUGAGCAUUUUGUUAAAAAAAGGGAGCUCGAAAGUUUCAAACUGCCGACGACGCAGCAUACAGUGCCGUCAAUUUCUACUCAAGUGCAAUCAAUAUAAUAAUUUAUUCAGAGAAAUAGAGCGCAUCUUUAUUCGUGACUGUGAGCGAAUAAGGAACGUGUCUGGCGCGAUGCGACAGUAAAGACCGUAUGAGAAUGCGGAUAAUCGCAAACAGGAGGCUGCAAAGUGUAGUCUCGUCAUACGUCUCGUUCAUAAAAAGGUGACCGUUGAUUGUACUCGUCUGCUCUGUUUGACGUGUAUUAACGCCAUGGAGGUAGUGAAUGCUAAAGACAUCGGUGAGUCGCAAACUUCACUCUCUGUGAAAUGCCAGGACAAUCUGUCAAUCUCAUGCAAUUGGCAGAUUAGCAAUAAUAAGCAAUUAAUUGAUGCCAUUACUACUGAAUCAAUACAGUACGCAUCUGCAAGGAUAAACUGUGAAGAUGUAGCUUCUGCAGACACCUGUAUUGCUCUACAACCAGUGGAUUCUAACAUGGAACCAUGUAUGCUGAAUAUUGAAGUAUCAAAUUGUCAGAGGAUAUCACGUAUCGCCGUUGUUUCUGAAAGUAAUGUCCUAGAGAUCUUCAAACAGCUUGGAGAAUAUGAAACAACGAUACUCGCAGAAUUUAUAGACGAGUAUGAGGGAAAUAUAGUUUUCCUCGGCGAGACGACGAUACAACCUCCUACUACAGAAGUUAGUAUUAAGUUCAUUAGAACAAAAAAUAAAGGCCCUCUUAUGUGGGUAUAUGGUAUAAGACUGUUUUUGACCGACUCUAUAAAAGAGGCAAAACCUAGUGCCUUCAAUUAUGAUGUUAUUCAGACUUAUCUCAGUAACAUUAGCAAUGGCAAAAUGAAUUGGAAGUCUGAAAUGGCCAAGAAAGUAUUUGGACUUGAUGAUAAACAGGAAAUUAUGAGGAAUUAUAAAGAGAAACUUUCGGAAACAGUCUCAAGAUAUGAUAAGCAUAUAAAUGAAAUAAGGAGUAAUAAUGAAAAAGAUUCUCCAAACUGUGGAGAUGAUUAUGAACAAGCAAAUGCUACUGAGUGUAAUAAUGAAGUCGUAAGAAAAAACAGUAAAACAGAGUAUUCAAACUGUGGAGAGAAUUGUAAAAGAUCAGAUGUAGAUAAAACCCGUUUUGAUAACAAGACGAAGUCUAUAAGAGAGACAAAAUUUGAUAGCUUUAAUUAUAAAGAUUUUAUCCAGACAUUUCUCAAUAAUGGAAAAAUGAGUCAAGCACCUGACAUGGCAAGAAUGUUUGAACUUUAUGAUAAAUUCGGCGAUAAUGAAAUUAUAAAUAACGAGCAGUUUUAUCAAGAACUGUUGGGGACUCUUACUUCGGACUCGGAUUAUUUAAAAAAUAAAAUUACAACAAAAGAUAAUGAAAAAGAACACCAAAGUUGCGAAGUUAGUCAUGAAAAAUCGAAUUCUUUUGAAUAUAAAAAUAGAAAUAUAAGAAGGAACAGUGACGAAGACUGUACAAAUCGUGAAGAUAAUAGAAAAUCCGAUAUAAAUAUUAAAAUCUAUAUCGACAAUAAAUUUCAUGAUCUGGAAAAGAGAUUGAUGGAAAGGAUAAACGAGAUGGAAGCUAAUACCAAUCAGAAACUAAAUGCCAUUUUGGAAAGACUCGAAUCACGGCUGAAUUUACAAUAAAUGUAUAUUUCUUAAUUUUUUUUGUAUUUAAUAAACAAUAGAAGAUUUAAGUUAUAUUAACGAAAUUAAAAAAAUGUAAAUAAUGAAUUACUUUGGCAAAUGUAAAUAUAUCUUUUUGCUUUUAGUAUUAGUUAAAUAAAAGAUUCGAGAUUUAUUGUAACAAGA